AUGAUAUCCAGAAAGAUAUCGCUUUCACUGUUGCUCGCCUUGUCGGCAAGCCCACGUCUCGCCCUGGGCGGUUUUAUCCAAUACGCAGAGCUGGCGCGUAACGUGCCUUUGACUGCACCACACUACAGGGACAUGGUUCGACAAGUCUUCAUCGAUGGCUAUUCCGUCUACCAGCAAUACGCACUUGGACAUGAUGUUGUAAAUCCUGUUAGCCAAGACUUUAGCGAUGACCGUAAUGGAUGGGGCGCCACGAUCAUCGAUUCACUCUCGACCAUGUAUGUCAUGGGACUAGAGAACCUCUUCCACGAAGGAGUUCAAUACGCCUCAGCCCUGGAUUUCUCCCAGUCCAAAACGCCAGAUACCGUCAACGUUUUCGAAACCAGCAUCCGGUACCUUGGAGGCCUUUUGAGUGCCUACGAGCUCAGCGGGCGACAAUAUCCGGCACUGUUGGCACAGGCACAAAUUCUUGCUGAUAAAAUGGUAUUUGCUUGGGCCAAUGGAAGCGAUAUCCCUUGCAGCCAAAUCGACUUCCAUGGAAACGUGCCCAAGCAAGGAGUGUCUAACAUUGCAGAGGCUGGCACCCUCACGUUGGAAUGGGGGAUGCUCAGCAAGUAUACGGGCAAUGAUACGUAUCGGCUUCUGGCUGAACGGUCGGCGUUGCAUAUCGCCAAUAUGGGCGCUCCCUUACCAGGCCUUCCCGCUCAGGGAAUUGAUCCUUCUACCGGGUCUUCCGUAGGAAGCUACGUGACAUGGGGCGGCGGCUCAGACAGCUAUUUCGAAUAUCUUAUCAAAUACCCCAGGUUCAACUUCGAUGCCAGCAACGUCUUUGCGGACUCUUGGAGGGCAGCCGUCGACACCUCUAUUUCUACGCUCCUUAGAUACUCGACGUAUGGAAAUUGGACAUACCUCGCUGAUUAUGACCCUAGUGGAACGGAGAGCAUCCGGCAUGUUGGCUCGCAUUUAGCGUGUUUCCAUGGAGGCAACUGGAUUCUAGGUGGGAGGUUGCUGGAUAAUGACACCAUCGUCAACUACGGUCUGCAACUCACCGAUGCCUGCUGGAAUACGUAUGCUUCUACGUCAACUGGGAUCGGUCCGGAGUUAUGGGCUUUCACCAGUUCCGAUGGCUCCUACACCGGCUCUGGGUCCAACCUUACCCUUACUGAAUCCACCUUCAAUGCCAAAAACGGCUUCUACAUCACCCAGCCCAACUACAUGAUGCGGCCAGAGGUGCUUGAAUCCAACUUCUAUGCUUGGCGAGUGACGGGGGAUACGAAAUAUUUUGGACGGGCAGUCACCGCGCUGCAAAGCUUCAUAGAUUACUUGACCGUCAGUGGCAACGAGACCAUGGGCUACACGGGGCUGCAGGACGUCAUGGAUGAAGGCGUUCGAGGAAGCCUGAGCGACGGUAGAAUUGAUAAGACGGAGAGCUUUUGGUUCGCCGAAGUUCUGAAAUACCUGUAUCUCACAUUCGAUGACCCCGCUAAUUACAACUUGGAUGAUUACGUUUUCAACACGGAAGCGCAUCUGUUCAGAACCCCUACUGCAAAUUGGGAUACUGUCUACGGCAGCGGCAAGCCUUAUUACCCUAACGCACCGUUCACGACUACCAAGGGCGCUCUCCCUCAAGUUAGCGGCAUUCCAGGCCUCGUCUCUACCGCUCUUGGUCUAUUGAAUGUGGGAGCAUAG